GCGUGUGUGCGUCACACUGGGAGGAGCGCACAGCAAGCUGGUAAACACACCGACGAUGCUGCAACUGGAGACCACCUAAACACGGGUGAUAUGCGCGUUUCACUUCAGUCUUCGCUCUUCACUUGAUCACCGAUUACACACACCGGCCGUCGGGCGGUGCAGGAUGGCGACAGGCGGCGGUGCGCCCGCUGCGCCUCACCUUGAAGGGCAUGCGUCCAAUUACACACAGCCUGGCGCGGCCAUGAACGCGGCGGCGGCGAAUUCCGCCGCGUCUGCCGCUGUGCUCCCCGCUCCCCCUGCAGCCGCAGCGGCCGCAGCGGGGGGCCUCCACCGGGAGCCCAUGUACAACUGGCAGGCCACCAAGAGCUCCCUGAAGGAGCGCUUCGCCUUCCUGUUCAAUAACGAGCUGCUGAGUGACGUGAGGUUCGUGGUCGGUAAGGGCAGGCAGGCCCAGAGGAUCCCGGCGCAUAAGUUCGUCCUGGCCGCCGGCAGUGCUGUGUUCGAUGCCAUGUUCAACGGCGGGAUGGCCACCACGUCUGCGGAGAUAGAGCUGCCUGAUGUGGAGCCUGCAGCGUUUCUGUCGCUGCUCAGGUUUCUGUACUCUGACGAGAUCCACAUCGGGCCGGAGACGGUGAUGACAACGCUGUACACUGCGAAGAAGUACGCGGUGCCAGCCCUGGAGGGGCACUGUGUAGAGUUCCUAACUAAGCACCUCCGGGCGGACAACGCCUUCAUGCUGCUCACCCAGGCCAGGCUGUUCGACGAGCCUCAGCUCGCCAGUCUCUGCCUGGACACCAUCGACAAGAGCACCGCGGACGCCGUCAACGCAGAGGGGUUCACGGACAUCGACCUAGACACUCUGUGCGCGGUGCUGGAGAGGGACACGCUGGGCAUCAGGGAGAGCCGUCUGUUCGGGGCGGUCGUGCGCUGGUCCGAGGCCGAGUGCUUCAGGCAGCAGCUGCCGAUCACUGCGGAGAACAAGCAGAAGGUUCUGGGCAAAGCCCUCACCCUCAUCCGCUUCCCGCUCAUGACCGUGGAAGAGUUUGCGGCAGGGCCUGCCCAGUCUGGAAUAUUGUUCGAUCGGGAGGUGGUAAAUCUGUUUCUCCACUUUACAGUAAACCCCAAACCGCGGGUUGAGUACAAUGACAGGCCCCGCUGCAGUCUCAGGGGAAAGGAGUGCAGUAUUAGUAGAUUCCAGCAGGUUGAGAGUCGAUGGGGAUACAGUGGGACCAGCGACCGCAUUAGAUUUAAUGUCAAUAGAAGAAUAUCAGUAGUUGGGUUUGGCUUAUACGGUUCAAUACACGGACCCAACGACUACCAGGUCAACAUUCAGGUAAACCUCCACGUGACAACCGCACACCGAGAGGAAAGACACCCGCACCCCCCACAACAGCAGCAGCAGCAGCAGCAACACACGCCCUUCAAACCCUUCUCCCCAGACUCAUUUAGCUUUCCUUUCCAGAUCAUCGAGAGUGAUAAGAGCCAGACGCUGGGCCAGAACGACACGGGCUUCAGCUGCGACGGCACGGCCAGCACCUUCAGGGUCAUGUUCAAGGAGCCCGUGGAGAUCCUACCCAACGUCAGCUACACCGCCUGCGCUACGCUGAAGGGUCCGGACUCCCACUACGGUACCAAAGGUCUGAAGAAGGUGAGCCACGAGUCGGGGCCCGGCCCCAAAACCACCUUCUUCUUCUUCAGCUCGCCAGGCAACAACAACGGUACCUCGGUAGAGGACGGCCAGAUCCCCGAGAUCAUUUACUACAUCUGAUGUCCUCCAGGGGGGGGGGGGGGGGGGGGCAGCCCACCCAGGGGCCUCUGCGCCGGUGGGGGCUGCAGGGCUAGACAGACCCUGGCUCUCCACAUCCAUGUGGACGGUUCCAGAGUUGUGUGUUUCUACUUGUGGAUGGGAUGCUAUGUCUAACUGUAGUGUUUCUCCCCAAUCAUCUUCUUUUGAUUGUAUUUUUUUGUCGAUGUAUGUUCAUUGUUUCGUUUUUUUAUAUCAUGCAAAACUAGUCACAGAAACACAGGAUUUAUGGGUGACAAGGUUUAAUUUGCUUUAGUUCAAGGGCCAGUGGGAAUUUGUAGGUGAUCAAUACUUUGGUUUUAGGUUGGAGGUGAAAUUGAUUGUAUGCUGUAGACUUGUCAUUAUUACUCAAAGGCACGACCAGACAGCCAAGGUACAUGUGUAGUUUAUCUCUUUAAAUCCUCAUAUACACUCAACAUUGCCUUGUCUUAUUCUUUUGGAUCGUCUUUGCAGACCAGCUCAGAAGCUCUGUAGACACGUUUUCUUUUUUUCUAUGUGCACCAGCAGCAUCACUCAUUCAGCUGUAGUUUAAGUGUUUUUUAGUCCAUGGAUGCGGCUCAAUGUGUAUAUACUGGUACGAGAUUGCUUGUGGUACAAACUAAUUUAUGAUGCCAUAUUGUUUUCUAAGCACUUAACAUGUAAUAAAACCAUCUUUGACACUUUA